AUGGAGCAAGGAACAGAUGCUGCUUCGAUCAAACCCGUCUCGUCUCUAAGAUCACACUUCGAGGGCCUCAAAGUCAACCCGCCGCAGCCUGACAACCGUGGCAGCAUACCUGCAUCUCCGCAAGCGUUAAAGCCGAUUGACAGACCCAGCCCACUGCCGCCUCAAAGAGCCUCUUUUGAUCUGUCGCGGCCGACGUCGCCAUGGGCCGGUGCUGGUGGAGUGCAGUCCAACUAUGCAGGGCCACAAACUCCCACCAAGGGCACCGAAUCACCCCCCAAACCUGGUCACCGACGGCCCAUGUCCAUGCUCCUACAAUCCUCGCCGCAGCUAACUCCCUCGGUCAAGAUAGACUCGCCGCGAUCACCACCGCGCACAUUCUUUGAGCGGAGUUCUUCCAGAUCUCCUGAGCGGGUGGACAACACUCCGUUUGGCAAGGUGCGCGAACUCAUUUCCCAACACUCAAGUCGCUCUUCAACCCCGGCACCUAGAGCGCCCAGUGCAGAUCGUUCGGACAUAGCGAAGACAUUGGAUAACACACAUACUGGUACUGAAGCACAAGAAGAAAAGCCGAAAGCUGGACCUCCCCCAGUCAAUCGAGCGGACAAGCCAAAGAUACCUGUUAAGCCAUCCGUGAUUUCCAUGCCGGGUGGUAAUGUGUUGAAUCCAGAGCCUCGGAGACCUUCGUUUGAAGCACGGAUAUCACCAUUCAGUACCCCGCCAAGCAGUGAUGAAAACUCUCCAACACAAAGCCCUGAUGUAUUGCCCCCUCCAUCCUCGACGAAGUCCUCGGCGCCUGCUCCAGCCCCGACCAGAGCGACUCUCUCUCAAGUUCCUCCGGAGGCGAGCUCUGCGCGACCAAAGGAUGCGCGAAUGUUUGGAUUCUCAAGCACGCCGACCGCGCCCGAGAGGAAGGACCCUAGGACUUUGGGAUUCACAGCGCCUGAGCCACGGCCGCCCAGCCGCGGGUCGAAUCUUCCAUCAAGAGCAAAUACUGUCUCCGAGAAGCCCACGAGGGAUCCUCGUGAGCUGGGCUUAUCGAAUGGUAAACCAACACAGCGCCACGUUUCGGAGACCAUUCGACACACACCUCCACCUCCGCCCCAAGUCGCUCCCGCACAGGCCCCGUGGCCACGGGCGAACAUCGUACGUGAUGCCCGUCUGCUUGGCUUCUCUGGUGCCCAACCAUCGUUGGUGGAAAGGAUAGCGGAGGAACCACACCCCAGUCUACCUCCCCGAAGAAACGUUGAACCCCCUCCGCGUCCGUCUAAUGAAUCCAAGAAUCCGUUACGGUCUGUACAACCACAAAGCCAUGUCGCCACCCCGGACCGUUCCAAGAAGCCUCCACCUGGUCAGCAACCCUUACGAGCACCGACUUUACCUUUGGAACAACAUUUCCCUCCGCCACCGAAACGAGCAAGCGUCGAUGAGCGAGUGCUUCACCAGCCGACACCGACACACAGAUCUCAGACGUUUGCUGGCGAUUUCUUGAGGCGACCUGCGGCAAAUGUGAGUGCCGAAGACUCUGAUGAUGCAGAGGAACCAGUUGAAGAGCCUGCCACCUCUCGGUCCGAGUAUCCGGACGCUACUCAUACAAAUCGGCGGCCUCCGUUCAGUAAAGGCAGUCUUUGGGACAUCGGCACGAAGUCAGAUUCACGACUUGCUGAAGUCUGCGGUCAAUAUUUGUGUACGGCUGGUUACGUGACCCGGGUGUUUGAUAUGUCUUCGGGAGAUCAAAUCAUGAGCAUCAACCAUGGCGAAACCGUUAAGGUGACAGCUGUGGCUUUCAAACCUGCAGUAGAUCUAGCCAAUGAGGGCACCAGACUCUGGCUGGGCCUGAAUACUGGCGAGUUGAUGGAGGUCGACGUUGCAACGCACACAGUGAUAACGACUAAUUCGUCACAUAAUCGGCGAGAGAUUGUGCGCAUACUCCGGAACAGAAGAGACUUGUGGACAAUUGAUGAUGAAGGGAAACUUUUUGUGUGGAAGGCUGACGAAACAGGCGUCCCCAACCUGAAAUAUAGCCAUAUCUCUCACAAGGUUCCAAAGGGACAUACAUUCUCCAUGGCAGUUGACGGCAAGCUCUGGUAUGCUUCGGGCAAAGAACUGCGAGUAUACAAACCAGGAAAUGAAAGCUCAUUCACUGCCUUGACGCCGCCAUUAUCCCAACAUGGAAAUGGAGACGUUACUUGCGGGACUUACUCCAAUGACGACAAAGGAAGAGCAUAUUUCGGCCACAUUGAUGGGCGCGUGUCGAUCUACUCGACUAAGGACUAUUCCACUGUUGCAAAUAUCAAAGCUAGCGACUACAAGAUCAACAGCCUGGCUUUUGUUGGAGGCAAGUUGUGGGCUGCCUUCAAAACCGGAAUGGUCUAUGUCUAUGACACUUCCAGUUCGCCUUGGAAGACGCAGAAGGACUGGAAAGCGCACGAGGGCCCGGUCACGCAACUUCUUUUCGACCCGAGUAGUGUUUGGACCCUUCAACAAUUGCAAGUUGUCACGAUCGGACAUGACAACUUCGUCAGGCUUUGGGAUGCCGCCCUCGAAGACGAUUGGAUCGAGAUGGAGAUGCAGCGGCGCAGUGGCGAAUAUUGCAAGUUUCGGGACAUCCGAGCCGCAGUUGUCACCUGGAAUGUUGGCGCGUCUACGCCUGCCGAUUUGCGAGACGACUUCAUUAUCGAAGCGAUCCACGCGUAUGAUCCACCAGAGAUUCUGGUAUUUGGAUUUCAAGAAGUUGUUGACCUGGAGGAUCGUGCUGUGACCGCAAAGAGCAUUUUUGGAUUCGGCAAGAAGAAAGACACGGUCAAGUCAGAACAACACCAAAGUCGUGUAUAUCGAGAGUGGCGAGACUAUCUCAGCAAAGUCAUCAGCCGGUCUACCACUGGCUAUGGAUACUCAGAACUCCAUCUCUCCAGCCUAAUUGGGUUAUUCCAAUGCGUGUUUGUUCGGCAAAGUGAGCGGUCGAGUAUCCGAAACUUGCAAGCUGCAAGCGUCAAACUCGGCUUGAAAGGCCAUUAUGGAAACAAAGGAGCGCUCGUUACGCGUUUCAUACUGGAUGACAGCUCCGUAUGCUUCAUCAAUUGCCACUUGGCAGCUGGCCAGACACACACCUCACAUCGAAACAACGACGUAGCGACCAUCCUAGAGGCCGAGGCCCUGGAUUUGGAAAGCGACCCCGAAGUACGCAGUUCGAUUUAUAUCGGAGGUGGCGACGGGACUCAGAUCCUUGACCACGAAAUAUGCAUCCUGAACGGCGACUUGAAUUACCGCAUUGAUGCCAUCCCACGAGACGCGGUCAUCAACAUGAUCAAGCGCAAUGAGCUGGACACGCUCCUGAAAAAAGAUCAGAUCAUGCUGUCACGUCGCCGUGUAUCCGGGUUCCGUCUAGCCCAAUUCGUGGAGCUCCCCAUCACUUUCGCUCCCACAUAUAAAUAUGACGUGGGAACAGAUGACUACGAUACCUCCGAGAAGAAGCGCGCCCCAGCAUGGUGUGACCGGCUACUCUACCGAGGUCCGGGACGGAUAGAGCAGCUUGAAUACCGUCGCCAUGAGGUGCGAACGAGCGAUCAUCGACCUGUCAGUGGGGUGUUCAGACUCACGGUGAAGACCAUCGACGCCCAAAAGCGGGCCAAAAUCAAGGAGGAUUGCUUUGAGAAGUUCAUCGAGGUGCGCAGGCGGAUGGCGGAGAAGGCGAGCGUCGAUUACUUGGUCACCGUGUUGGGCGUCGCUGAGCAGGAGGCUAAGCGGCUCAUAACAGCCAGAUGA